UUUUUUAUUUUAAAUAAAUUUUUAUUCAAAACAUACACUAGAAUGUUUAUUCAAACAAUUUUUUCCACUUUUUCUUAUCCUCUAAAUCCAUUCCUGACAUCUCCCCACUCCCUCCACACAUCCACUACAAGCAUCUCCCUCUCCCCUCAAACCCAAAUCCACGCAAACAUUGACACAAACGGCGCUUCUCAACAUAAACUCCCCCCUCCUCUCCCCCCAAAAAUAUUUUUUCUCCACCCUAAAACACGCACGCAUUAUAACAACUCGCGCAAGAAAAAAUUUUUUGGGAAGGAGGGGAGGGGGGGGGGUGAAUGAGUGUUUCUCGCGCCACCCGCAAUCUUCCCCUUUUAUUUGCCACACA